GCGUGAGUGCAAUGGAAGAAGAGGAGCCGUAUUGAUCUAUGGCGGGCUAUGCAGCAACGGUGCAGCUCAUCUAAACUCCUCCCGACCCCGUCAGAGCGCAGGGACCGUGCACAGUCAACGCCUCCAGUCCGAUAGUACCACGCGCGCGCGCGCAGACACGCACGCGGCCUGGACGGGGGGGACCCUAUAUAAGUGCUGCAGCUGUCAGGUGGAGGACACUGCCUGCCUUUGCGUAAGGGGAGCAAACACGUCAUUGGGAUUCCUGACUCAAAGACCCUCACACAGUAACCAUGUCUUGGGGAUACGCACCACAUAACGGGCCAGACAAAUGGGCCGAUAACUUUCCGAUCGCCAAUGGACCACGGCAGUCUCCCAUUGACAUCGUUCCUGAUGCGGCAUCCUACGACCCCGGCCUGAAACCCCUCAACAUUAAUUACGACCCAUCCACCUGCAUGGACAUCCUCAAUAACGGACAUUCCUUCCAAGUGACCUUCCUAGACGACACGGACAGCUCAACUCUUCGUGACGGGCCCAUCUCAGGAGUCUACAGGCUGAAGCAGUUUCACUUCCACUGGGGGGCCUCUGACGACAGGGGCUCUGAACACACAGUGGCUGGGACCAAGUUUCCUGCUGAGCUCCAUCUUGUGCACUGGAAUACCAAAUACCCAAACUUUGGGGAUGCCGCUAGUAAACCUGAUGGGCUUGCUGUGGUGGGCGUUUUCCUGAAGCCUGGAGAUGCCAACCCCAACCUCCAGAAAGUACUUGACUGUUUCGAUGCCAUCAAGGCCAAAGGCAAGCAGACCACCUUUCCUGGCUUCGACCCUUCCACACUCCUGCCCGGGUCUCUGGACUACUGGACGUACGACGGCUCUCUGACCACGCCCCCUCUGCUGGAAAGUGUCACCUGGAUCGUCUGCAAGGAACCAAUCAGCGUCAGCUCUGAGCAGAUGGCCCGAUUCCGUAGCCUGCUCUUCACGCCUGAAGGUGAGGCCGAGUGCUGCAUGGUGGACAACUACAGGCCUCCCCAGCCGCUCAAGGGCCGCUCCGUCCGCGCUUCCUUCAAGUAGUGCCCCGGCCCCUCCUCCAUCACGACCCCCAUUCUGCCCCAGUGCCCUCACCCUUCCCCCCUUUGCCCUUUGACAGUUGCAGUGAGCACACACCUCGCCCGUCCAUUCAAGUUCUUGCACUGAGAUUAAUUACUAAGGAGGGAGCAGUGGUCAUGUAAACCCUAUCACAUUUGAUCCAACCAAAAACAGUCAACUUAAUAUUGGGCUGUUGCAUAGUUUCAAGCCAUGUGAGACACCUAAGCUAAAAAUAGCAGGUUUGAUAAUGCAGCUUAAUGAUAGAACUGCAAAAAAGGCAUUAAAGACUCUUGCUGUUUAUCAAACAACCAGAAAAUGCUUGCUGAUAAGCUGUAUGCUUUAGACAUAUGGCACGUUUUAGAUAAGUAGCUUAGAUUUGUUGACAGGGUUUGAUUUUAUUCACUAUUUUUGUUUUGGGUGAAAUGUACUCAAAAAUCAUGAGUUAAUUUAAGUUGCGACACCAACUGCUAGAAAAAAAUCUUACUUCUCCUUUAAAGAAUUAACAUCUGCCAUCUAUGGAUUAUACAAUUUUGUGCCAAACUCUUAAGCCAUAACAAAAAGGCUUGCCGUUCCUUACAUUUUAAACCAAGAACAGUCGUGUAUAAUUUUAAAAGGUGCUUAGUCAUGAGGUAGCUUGGAGUAAAAAGCACAAGCAACCUGACUGGUGUGAUGGGACAGGACCGUAGUACAUAUGGCCAUCUGUGAAGCGCAGGGUACAGAUAAAAAGACCUCCGUCCUACUGUCCCUGCCCCUUCCACUCUGAGCGUAAUCUGUCCGAACGAGUGGCAGCGGCUUAGUAAAAUGUUCCGGACCACCCCCAUCUCCGCCAAACGAGUCCGAAAUCCCCCUCUGGCCUUUACACAUAACAUCACAGUAAAAGCACACACUAGUAUAGGCACUGACCUUCUUAUUGAUUCACAGAGUUCAUGAGGACAAUGGAUUGUGGUAGCCUCACACACCAGGACAAUGAUCGCUUUUUGUUGUAUGUAUGUCUAGGUGGAUUUUUUAAGUCUGAUGCAUGGUUUGGCUACAUUCCGUCAUGCAAUGAUUCAUUUAAAUACAAUAAUGUAAAAAAAAAAGAAAAAAAAAUCAUCUUAGCUAUUGAAAUCACAGCAACCUAUUGAUUAUAAUGGAAUGAAUGCAUUUUGUGGUGUACAUUUAGCCAAGCCUGCAGAGUAAAGUCUUAAGUCAUUCUGUACCAACAUGAAUAAUUUUGAUACCCUGAUAUGCAACAAUAUGAUUGAAUGAAACGGCAUUUUAAUAUUGUUACAAAUCAAGCAUGUGUUGAUGCUUUAAAUGCGCAAUCGUCAGGUAAGCUAUGCCAUAGACUGGUCAGCAAAAACAGCUAGACUGUAUAGCCAAGGAAGAACCCUGCCAACUGAAAAGUCCCUGCAGAAUCAUUAACAAACUUUGUCCGCGUUGUAAAGGGUCUCUGUCAGCGAAAAUGCAAAGAGUGGUUCAAAACUGCAGUAUGAAUUUACGUUCAGAUUGUAAUUAACUCAAAUGGAUUAUGGAAACGCCUUAUGCCAGUCACUUUUUCAACUCGUCCAGCACAAUGUUCUUGUUGUGGACUUUUUAGUAGUAAUAAAUAUAUUUUAUGAAAAAAUAA